AGGUACUGAGAUGAUGGACAGUCAGCUGAUGGGAGAAUUUGAGUGGGACGUCAAAGAUCUAGAAGCUGAUUCUUGGAGCGGAACGAUGGAUAAGAAGUUCUUGAAAACGUUGAAGAAAGAUGAAAUAAAGAAACAAGACGUCAUCUAUGAGCUGUACCAGACAGAGUUCCACCAUGUGAGGACUCUGAGGAUCAUGUCGGAGGUGUACUACAAAGGCCUGCACAAGGACCUGCAGCUGGACAAUACAACUCUGGACAAGAUUUUCCCUGUUUUGGAUGACCUGUUGGAAACGCACACACAUUUCCUCACCCUGCUCCUGGAGAGGAAGAAGGCUUCGUCCACUGAGGGAGAGGGCAGCAGCAACUUCCUGAUCUGCAGCAUCGGGGAUGUGCUGCUCAACCAGUUUUCAGGCUGCAGCGCUGAUCGUAUGAAGAAAGUCUACGGGAAGUUCUGCAGUCGCCACAGUGAAGCGGUUAAUCUCUACAAAGACCUGCACGCCAAAGAUAAACGCUUCCAAGGCUUCAUCAAGAAAACGAUGAGCAGCAGCAUAGUGCGGAGGCUCAGUAUUCCAGAGUGUAUUUUGUUGAUCACUCAGAGGAUCACCAAGUACCCCGUCCUCAUCCAGAGGAUUCUGCAGCACACUAAAGACUCUGAUGAGGACCACAGCUGUGUGUGUGAAGCUCUGCGCUGUGUGAAGGAACUCAUCACGGCUGUGGACAGCAAAGUGAACGAGCACGGGAAGAAGCAGAGGCUGAAGGAAGUCUACAGGUAA